AAAUAGGUCAAGUUCUGUCAUGUGGAUCCAAUGCCUUUGGCCAGUUAGGUGUGCCGCACGGCCCUCGCAGAUGUGUGGUCCCCCAGGCUGUUGAGGCUAAGGUGACUGGGGACACCAAUGUCAGAAGAUCAUUUUCCGGAAGGGAGAUCAGAGCCUUGCUCCUUAAGCCGGUCAGACUGAUCUGCUCCUGAGAGAGAAGGUUGUGUCGCCGCUGGACUGAGGCAUGCAUUAGCCACUACAGGUGACCACACAGCCUUUAUUUCCCAAGUGAGCCCAUUCUGAGCAAUAGAGCUCCAGGAGGAAAACUUUGUAAGGAGUGUCGGCGAGGGUCCUGAUGUGCUGUGGCUCCAACUGAAGGGAGAGUCCAUGAAGUAGAAGUCACUUGGGGAGCCUUUAGCCAGGGGGAGGAAGGAAGUGAACCAGCUGUCUGGCUCUCUUUGUUGUAGACAUGCUGCUGGGUUUUUCAUAAUUUGAUUCUCUCAUUUAGUCCUCACAGCCAAGGAGUGGUGUGAGUUAAAAUCUUCCCUGUCAA